CUCACCACAAACCAACUCUAUGUGAGCUCUUUAGCUCUUGCGUUGGCUUGGGUUUUGACACUUCACACUAUGAGUCUUCCUUACUAAAAAAACGGACAUAUGAAGUACAGGAACUAAACAAACACGAGCACCAUCAUUCAGAAGCAUAUCGUUGUCUUUAAAACAGUUCUUUUCAUUGCGUGAUUGUAAACGCUGAUAGUGUUUUAAUGAUCUCAAUUCAGGUGUUCUUAGUAAAACGAGUAUCUUGAGCAUCAACUAUGGACACUUCUGAAGUACCAGUGAACAGCAUUGGACGCACUAUUUGGACAGUUUGGGGAUAUCUGACAGGGGCUGUGGCAAGAUAUCUUAGACCGGAAGUUACAAAUGAAGGAAACCAAAAUGUUUAUUCUGAACCAGAAGAUACUGUCCUCAGAAGUACAAUAAAGCAGCUAGACGGACAGGUAAAGGAAAUUGCUGAGAAAGAGCAGGGGGAGAAGAAUUAUAAGCGAAAUGAUGAAAAUACAGGAGCAGUCAAAUGUUUAUUGCCAGAGGCUAUUGUGGUUAACGAAGAUAACAAUACACUUGAUUUCGACACCACAAUUAAACAAAGAUACAAUGCUGCAAUGUGGUGCCCUGAGGGUGAAACUGUUAUUCCAGAUGUUCAGGGAAAUAUUGAAAAUGAACAAAAGCAACCAAAAUCUGACGCACGUAUAAAAAAGGAACCAACUGAUGCAAGUUUGGCUCCAUAUCCAUGCAACAAAAAGACAGGGAUUAAAACCGAACAAGAGCUAAAAGAAACUGAGGACAUUGAAGUGAAAGAUGGUCACAAUGAAGAUACAAAAGAAGAAAGUGAUCAUUAUAAUGAGGAUGAUGGUGAAACAUGUGUAAUGAAGACAGAAGAUUUAGAUGGUAUAGAAGUAACCAUCCAACCUGUACCUUAUGGACGAGAUCAACAACAGAAAAAACUGAUAAACAAGAUGGACUAUAUAGAGACAGAAGACACCAGGACAGAACAUGCCAAGGAGAAAAUGGAUCAAACUGUUACUAAGAAAAAAUUUGCUUUCAAGGAUCAGGAGAGAGCUGAAAAUGAUAACGAUGAAGAAUCUGAAUCACCAGAGAAUGAUGAAGAUUUGCUUGCAAUGUGGAGCCCUGACACCGGUCACAACCAAGAGGGUGAAAUUAUAAUUCCAGAUGUUCAGGAGAAUAUUGAAAAUGAACAAAAGCAAACAAAAUGUGACGCACGUAUGAAUAAGGAACCAUCCGAUGCAAGUUUCGCUCCAUAUGCAUGCAACAAGAAGACAGGGAUUAAAACCGAACAAGAGCUAAAAGAAACUGAGGAGAUUGAACAGAAAGAUGGUCACAAUGAAGAUACAAAAGAAGAAAGUGAUCAUUAUAAUGAGGAUGAUGGUGAAACAUGUGUAAUGAAGACAGAAGAUUUAGAUGGCACAGAAGUAACCAUCCAAUCUGUACCUUAUGGAUUAGAUCAACAACAGAAAAAACUGAUAAACAAGAUGGACUAUAUAGAGACAGAAGACACCAGGACAGAACAUGCCAAGGAGAAAAUGGAUCAAACUGUUACUAAGAAAAAAAUUGCUUGCAAGGAUCAGGAGAGAGCUGAAAAUGAUAACGAUGAAGAAUCUGAAUCACCAGAGAAUGAUGAAGAUUUGCUUGCAAUGUGGAGCCCUGACACCGGUCACAACCAAGAGGGUGAAAUUAUAAUUCCAGAUGUUCAGGAGAAUAUUGAAAAUGAACAAAAGCAAACAAAAUGUGACGCACGUAUGAAUAAGGAACCAUCCGAUGCAAGUUUGGCUCCAUAUGCAUGCAACAAGAAGACAGGGAUUAAAACCGAACAAGAGCUAAAAGAAACUGAGGAGAUUGAACAGAAAGAUGGUCACAAUGAAGAUACAAAAGAAGAAAGUGAUCAUUAUAAUGAGGAUGAUGGUGAAACAUGUGUAAUGAAGACAGAAGAUUUAGAUGGCACAGAAGUAACCAUCCAAUCUGUACCUUAUGGAUUAGAUCAACAACAGAAAAAACUGAUAAACAAGAUGGACUAUAUAGAGACAGAAGACACCAGGACAGAACAUGCCCAGGAGAAAAUGGAUCAAACUGUUACUAAGAAAAAAAUUGCUUGCAAGGAUCAGGAGAGAGCUGAAAAUGAUAACGAUGAAGAAUCUGAAUCACCAGAGAAUGAUGAAGAUUUGCUUGCAAUGUGGAGCCCUGACACCGGUCACAACCAAGAGGGUGAAAUUAUAAUUCCAGAUGCUCAGGAGAAUAUUGAAAAUGAACAAAAGCAAACAAAAUGUGACGCACAUGUGGAAAAAGAACCAUCUGAUGGGAGUUUGGCUCCAUAUGCAUGCAACAAGAAGACAGGGAUUAAAACCUUAAUAGAGACAGAAGACACCAGGAGAGAAUAUACACAGGAGAAAAUGGAUCAAAAUGUUACUAAGAAAAAAAUAGCUUGCAAGGAUCAGAAGAGAACUGAAAAUGAUAACAAUGAAGAAUCUAAAUCGCUUGAGAAUGAUGAAGAUUUACUUGCCAAACUGGUCUGUUCAACAGAGGAUGAAACAGACCUCCCAAAGCCAUUUGAGAUGGAAAAGCUCAGAGUGAAGGAAACGUCUUUAGAAAACAUAAAAACUGAAGGCAUACAGACACCAGAAAGUCAAGAAGGUAUCUUUUCUAAAAAUGUGGUUCAGAUGCCAGAAACUAAAGGUACAAAUGAGCAGAAUAAACAAGGGCAUGAACAACACACAUGGGAAGACAAUUGUGAAUUAGUAGACAUUUUCAGUAUGAAGGAAGCAAGUGAAAAAAAACUGAAGAUGGUUGAAACACUGCCAAGGCUUUCAAAACAAACAUUUGAAGAAAAUGUUACAUUCAAUGAAUUAGACCCGAAAACAACAACAGAUGUAAAGGAAGGUGUAAACAAAACUUUUGAUGCAUCGGAGGACAUUAUGCAGUCAGAUUCUUUUGAAUUCACAUUAAGUUCUAUGUUAGUGGAGGCAACUGAGAUUGAACAAGAUCUUAAAACUCCAAUUUCAUCCAUGGAAUUAAGUACAAAACAAAUUCAGACACUGAAGGAAAUGGCCAAGUUCACUCUCAAAGAAUGUGCUGAAGUAAGAACUGAGCUUCUUGUUGAAACAAUGAAAAGACAGAUUGACUCGGAAGAUAAAUUAGAAGACUUCAUGACAGCCAACCAAGCAGACAAUGAGAUUUUUGAGCUGAGCACAACAUUGAACACAAUCAGUGAAUCACUGAUAAAAGGAAAAGGGGACUCUUCAGUUGAGAUCAAUGGAAAAGAACGUAAUGCAGAGGAUACACCAGAUGUCACAGAAGAAAAAACUGAAUUAAUAAUGGUUUUGCAAGAUAACUCUGAGAGACACACAGAGAAACUGGAAAACAUGGAGGCAGAGGUCAGAUUGUUAGCUGAAGCAGAUGCAUUGGAGUCUGUAGAGAGUUUAGACGAAAUGAUGAAUCAAAUCUUGAAAGAAACAAUAGAGAUGGAAAAUAAAUUCAUACAAGAACUAGAACUUUCAUCAGGAACAAGUUGUAAUGAUGAAUUUCAAAGGCCAACUUCGAGUGCCCUACUGUUGGAGGAUGAAAGGGGGUUGUUAGGUGAUACAGUGGAGAAUUUGGUAGAAAUGGUGGAAGCAGGGAUUUAUGAAGCUGUAAAUAAGCAAAAGGAUCAGCACAAUGUUAGCUCUCCAGAGUGUGAACCAACUGAUGCUAAUAGAGGUUUUAAGCAGUUAGAAAAGAACACAGUUGGAGAAACACUAUUCCGUUGCAAUGAAGGCAUGAGUGAAAUCAACCGACCUGGGCUGAAAAGAAGAUUUGAUGACAAGAGCAAAGAUCUUCCGAAGGUGAAGUCUUCACUGGUAGAAUGUUCGACUACAGCUGAUUUAAAUGUACAGCAAUCAUCGCUGGACUUUAGUGUUCAGAAGUCCAGAAUUGCUGUGAAGAAUCCCUUAGUUCGGCCACCAAAAGACCCCAGAAAGCUACUUAACAAGACCUCAAUGGAGCCAGCACUCCCAAAGCCUCCACCAUGUGGCCUGUUGAAGGGAAGACAUGGAGUUGCAGUUUCUGUACAAAGUAAAGGAGUCAUCGGCUUUAAACUCCCAGGGAUGGUCACUGAGCUGCACACACUGAGGAAAACAGAGUUUGGAAGCAAAGUAAGAGAGGAAGAAAAGGCAGAGAGCACACAACAAAAGGAGAAAUCAGUUGCAGAAACAGAGAAUUCUGUCAAACAAGAGCAAGCGUCACUUAAGCCAAAAUGGACACCCCCAAAGCAUCCUGGGAUGGGGAGUCCCUUGAUGAUGGCAGAACUCAAAAGCAAACUCAAAAUGCCUCCAAAGAAGUAAUACAUUGAUACAUUCAUGAUGAUACAGAUCAAUGGAGAUCACUCUAUAUUUUUGAAGGCAGAAAUGUUUUGAAUUUGUCAAUUUUUCUGUGUAAAUUGAUAAGUAGGAAGUGUGAUUGCAAGUCUGUGUUAAGUUACACCACCUAAGUUACACAAUGUUCUUUUUAACUUCCACAAUUUAUUCAAAUGUUUUUGCUUAUUUAAAAAAAGUGUGAUAUAAGCUGUGAAACUGUGACUUUCCAUUACAUGCACUGUCAAUAAA